CUUUCCAUUGUGUGCGGUUUGCUUCAGAGAAGUGUUUGGGAGAGUGCGCAUGACAGGCCGCCAGGCCGGAGAACCGCCGACCUCUUCGCGACAUCGCUCGAUCAUGGCGUCGUCGGCGGAGCCGCCGCCGAAGAAGCGGAAGCUCGUAGAGGCCCAGACCCCGAGCCCCUCAGGCACUCCGCGGCCGCCCCCCCCCCCCCCCCCCCCCCCCCCCCCCCCUACCCCGCCGCCCCCCGAAACCCUAGCAGCGGCGGCGCCCUCCGCCCCACCACCUCCCCCUCAGUCGCCGCCGCCGACACCGGAGGAGCUCCACCGCAAGCGCAGCAACCGGGAGGAGCUGCGCAAACUCUUCGAGUGCUACCGCCGCAUCCGCCUCUGCGUGGAGCGCAAGGACGCGCGUCUCAUGCCCGAGCUCGAGCAGGUCUACCUCGCCCUCAUCACCGCGUCCCGAGGUUGCACAAGUGUACAACGUAUCUUAGCUAAGCUGAUUCCUCAAUAUGCCUCGUAUUGUCCUACUGCACUUGAGGCAGCAGCUAAAGUCUCCAUCAAGAUGUACAAUUGGAACUUGGCCAUUGUAACAAGAGGGGAGGAUGCAGAUGGCGUGGCAUAUCGGACUGCUAGGGCUUGUAUUGUUGGCUUAGUUGACAUAUGCUCCACAGCAUCUCUUGAAGCUCCCAAGUCAUCUGUUAUCACAGGAAUCUGUUCCGCAGUCUAUAUGACUGUCCUCACUUUCUUCAUUUCAACAUUUGAUGGGAAGGAUAUCCAUCAUAUAGGCUCCAGAAGACUUUCAAAGCUUCAGGACCCCAUGGAGUUAUUAGACAUUUUAAAGCAGGAGUCAGGGGAUGACAGCCAACUGGCACAUGAUUGUUUGUUUGAACUGAGGGCACAAUCCUUGCUAUGCAUAUUUCUUUUAUCCCCAGAGAAUCUACUAGAAGCGUGUUUUGCGUUGAUUGCUUCUGCAGAAACUGACCGUAUAAGAGGACUGUACUUUUUAAAUCAGCUGACCUGUAAUGUGAGCAAUGAUAUCUCAGAUCUUGCUCUGGACAAUAAGGCUGAUGUGGCCUCGCACUGUACUGAGAUGGAAAUAGAUCUGUCUGGCACCAAAGAGAUUGUUGAUUCAAAGCCUUCUUCUGAUGCGUCUGGCGUUUCAGGAAGGUCUAUGGUAGAAUCAAAUGAGUGUUACAUCACAAUGGCAAUAUCUAGACAUCCAUCUUUGAGAGGUUGGAUACUGCGGAGGUACAAAAAAUUAUGCGAUUCCUGUGGAUCUACUGUGCUUUCAGAGGUAUCAUCUUGUUUAAAAGUUUUGGGCUCUUUAUCAGAACUCGAUGAGGAUAAAAGUUCCAUGGACUGUGAACCAUCAGUGCUGGAGAAGCCCGACAAAAGUGCAGGAGAAAAAACUGUCAAUAUUGAUACCCAUGUAUUAAAGUCUGUGCAGACAGAUGAUGUGAAAACUGAGAAGCAAGCAGAUGCGAAAACUGGUGGCCGCAAGAGUGCAAGACCUGAUCUUUAUGUUGCUUCUGUCUCGAGCGAUGUAAUUUCAGUCUCAAAGGAACUUUGGGUUGGUUCACUGGGAAAUAGUGCUGCAGAGGCACUAGUUCGAUCUAAAUUCGAGGAGUUUGGCCCAUUAACGAACUUUUUAUUUUAUCCUUCCAAAGAAUUUGCCUUGAUUGAAUAUGGAAACAUAGUGCACGCUGUUCGGGCAUGUGGAUAUAUGCGGGGCUCCUCUAUUUGGGGUGGUGAUCUUCAAAUAAGGUAUUUAGAUAGACUUAUAGGUAGCAAGGGAUUUGUUGGUGGUAUAGCUGUUGGUGAAAGCUGCCAUAUUUAUGUUGGUAAGGUCAAGAAUCAGAAAGAAAAAGAUGAGGUGUUCGAUGAAUUGAAGUCAGCAGGCCUGAAGAGGCCAUGUGGCUGUAUCGAUAUCUCCGGCGAAAAUGCUUUCAUUCUUGAAUUUGAGACAUCAGUUGAUGCAGCUGUUGCAAAAGCCCAUAUUAGGCGCCAAGCUCAUUCAGAUGUUUGUUCCCAGGAUAAGAAUACAUCUGUUCAUCAACUUUUGGUACAUAACAUGGACAAGUCAAUCCCUGAGAUGGAAUUUAUCAAUGCUUUCUCACGAUUUGGUGAGGUCAGUAGGUGGCAGUUUAAUCGGAUUGAUGGGAGCUGCUUGAUAGAUUAUGAAUCACACAGUGCUGCUGCCUGUGCAAAGUCGCAGAUGCAUGGUGCAAGGUUUGGCUUGAAGUUGAUUAGUGUUGAAUCUAGGACAUGCAGCGUAGGAGCUGUUCACGACAAAACAUUUUCACCUGUUAUUCGAAUGCCAGCCCAGAACCUUCCGGACAGCAGCAGUCACCAUGAGAUCAGUGAUGGGAACAUAUGCAGGAAUCCAAGGGUUUCAGCUUAUCAUACAGGUUACACAGUACAAGGGGAUCGGCCAAUAUAUGGUCCACCACCUCCCAAUACACAACAAUUAUGGCAGUACAAGGAUCUAGAGUCAAACAGGGCUCCACAAGGAAUGCCUCCCUGCCCACCUGUUUCCGCACAUCGUUCUUCUGUAAUGCCACCACCACCACCUCCUAUCCAAACUUCUUUUGUUCGUCCUGUAUAUCCUGGUCCGGGCAGUCCAUGGGAAAAUACUACACCAAAUCCACCCUUCGGCCGUGUUUCUCCUCGCAUGAUGCCCGGAAGUAGCUUCCGUAUUCCAUCUGCUCCUCCUCCUUUCAUACCGUCUUGUGUCACCCCUCUUACACAGCUUCCUGGAAGCUCAGCACAGCAUUCAGAGAAAAUGCCACCACCUAUACCAAAUGUAGCUCCCUCACCAUUUACACCUCUAGAUAUGCCACCUCCACCACUAUCUCCACCACCAUUACCUGUUUCCGAGCCACCUUCUGUUCCACCGCCCCCAAGUUCUCCUCCGGCACAACCUUCAACUGAUCCUUGUAAUUCACAGAAGCCAUCCCCUCAUCCUCAAUGGCAGGGUUCUCUUACAAAAAGUGGCAUACACUACUGCACAAUCUAUGCAAGUAGAAUAGAGUUGGAUGCCUGUAGAUAUGAAAGUACUGUUUCUGAACCAGCAGAAUGGCCCUCAAGAUUAGAUGUUCUAAAGCGCACAGCUUUCCAGCACGCAAAGACAAUCAUCUCCAAUGCUCCACCUAAUAAAAAAGAAGUCUGUCGGUUGUUGCCUUGUUCGAAUGGUGAUCAGAAAGGGUUCCGGGAUUUCAUCUCCUAUCUGAAGCUGAACAAGUACGCCGGGGUCAUAAAGAUUGCUCCUGUGAAGCCCAUGGGGUCGAGGCUGCUAUUUAUUCUUCCUCCCACAUCCGAGGUGUUUGGACUGCUAGGCCUUCCGCCUCAACCGACUGAGUGUCUAAUCGCUGUGGUUCUGCCAAAGGAAACAACCACUGAAGUGUCUUGAUAUAGUUUGUCGUGUAUGUAAAUCGUAAACCUUGAUUGUAGAACGUGUAUGUAAUAAUCCUUGUCGCUGCUGGCUUUGCGCACAGUAAACAGUUCUCGCGUCUAUUAGUAUGGCACUGUGAUUCCUUUUGUUUUUUCUA